AGAAGCGUGAAGUGAGGAGCUUACACUGACUUGGUUCACUGGUAACAUAUCAGGAUGUUUCGAAUAUUCUCUCGGCAGUUUCUUCUUCCAUCACACACUCACUCCCUUCUCCUUCUUCUAUCGUAGUAGUAGGAAGUUUGGAAACAGAGAAACGGAUAAUUAUAGAAAAAGCUUCAAGUUCAAGUGUCAAUGGCUACAGCUGGGAUUGGAGCAUCGAGGAUUACCUCCUCGAACCACUUGAAUCUCAAGGACAAACCCCACACAUCUUUCUUCAAAUCGUUGAACCGAAAUCUUUCGUCUUCUUCAUCUCACCUCGCCGGUGAUAAACUUCCUUUCAAAGUAUUCUCUUGUCUCCGGAAGAACGCUUCAAAUGCCAGAGUUCCCAUUGUGAUUUCUCCUAAAGCGGUUUCCGAUUCAAAGAAUUCACAGACGUGUCUGGAGCCUGAUGCCAGCCGCGUGGAUGGAGAAGAACUCAGUUUUGUAUGUAAUUCUCUUCAGAGUGUUCUGGGAAUAAUCCUUGGGGGUGGAGCUGGGACACGUCUAUAUCCUCUUACCAAGAAGAGAGCAAAGCCUGCUGUUCCACUGGGAGCAAACUACAGGCUAAUUGACAUUCCCGUGAGCAAUUGCUUGAACAGUAAUGUAACAAAAAUCUAUGUUCUGACCCAGUUCAAUUCUGCAUCUCUCAAUCGCCAUCUUUCACGGUCUUAUGCCAGUAACAUGGGAGGAUACCAGAAUGAAGGUUUUGUUGAAGUACUUGCUGCUCAGCAGAGCCCAGAGAACCCGAACUGGUUCCAGGGUACUGCUGAUGCUGUGAGGCAGUAUUUAUGGCUGUUUGAGGAACAUAAUGUAAUGGAAUUUCUGGUUCUUGCUGGAGAUCAUUUAUACCGAAUGGAUUAUGAGAGGUUCAUUCAAGCACAUAGAGAAACUGAUGCUGAUAUUACUGUGGCUGCACUUCCGAUGGAUGAAAAACGUGCCACUGCAUUUGGCCUCAUGAAGAUUAAUGAAGAAGGACGAAUAAUUGAAUUUGCAGAGAAGCCAAAAGGAGAACAAUUGAAGGCAAUGAAGGUUGAUACUACCAUCUUAGGCCUUGAUGAUGAGAGAGCAAAAGAGAUGCCUUACAUCGCCAGUAUGGGUAUAUAUGUUGUCAGCAAAGAUGUCAUGUUGGACUUACUCAGUAAGAAGUUCCCUGGAGCCAAUGAUUUUGGAAGUGAAGUCAUUCCGGGUGCAACUUCCAUUGGAAUGAGGGUACAUGCUUACUUGUAUGAUGGCUACUGGGAAGACAUUGGUACCAUUGAAGCAUUUUAUAAUGCAAAUUUAGGGAUUACCAAAAAGCCAGUGCCAGAUUUCAGCUUCUAUGAUCGUUCAUCUCCAAUUUAUACACAACCACGAUAUUUGCCACCUUCCAAGAUGCUUGAUGCUGAUGUUACAGAUAGUGUUAUUGGUGAAGGUUGUGUUAUUAAGAACUGCAAGAUUCACCAUUCUGUUGUCGGGCUCCGUUCCUGCAUCUCAGAGGGUGCAAUUAUAGAAGAUACACUACUAAUGGGAGCAGAUUACUAUGAGACGGAUGCUGACAGGAGGUUCUUGGCUGCAAAAGGUAGUGUGCCAAUUGGUAUUGGGAAGAACUCUCACAUCAAAAGGGCAAUUAUUGACAAGAAUGCUCGCAUUGGAGACAAUGUGAAGAUCGUUAACAGCGACAACAUGCAAGAAGCUGCGAGAGAAACAGAUGGCUACUUCAUUAAGAGUGGAAUUGUAACAGUGAUUAAGGAUGCUUUGAUACCCAGCGGAACCAUCAUCUGAAACCAAUUCAAAUUCUUCUCACAAUGUUUAAUGAGAAAGCCCAUGUACUUUUUCUUGUUUUGAGCGUGAGAAUCAAUGUAAUAAGAGUUCCAUCUAAUGUGCAGUGGAGAAACCCACGUACUGUCUUUAGUUUUGAGCAUGGAUUUCAAUGUAAUAAGAGUUCUAUAUCUUUCUUAUAAUUAAUCUCAGCUUUUGGGCCC